AUGGACCCGACGCGAUAUUUCUAUCUGACAAAGAUCCACGUGUACCAUGCGUCUGUGCGGUCUGUUCUCCUAUACAGAUGUGAAUGCUGGGCUAUGCGCGUGGAAGAUGAACGGAAACUGGAAGUCUUUGACCACUACUGUCUGGGGAGCAUCCUUCGAAUGAUGUACACCGCCUUCAUCUCAGGUGAGACAAUCCGCACCCGCUACGACAAAAGCACAUGA